CAAUCAAAAUAUUUCAGGUUAUGAGAAAAAUCUGCCCCUCAAUCCUAUCCGCUCAAGUCUUUUGAUCCGACGGUAGAGCAUAAACCCUAAUUGCCCAAGUUAUCAGAUUCCUCAUAUUUAAAUUCAUAUCCUCUCAUCACUUCGCCUCGUUCAUUUCGCAAUUCGCAAAUUCUCUCUUUCAUCGGCAGCCAGCGAGAGAGAAACUCUGUACUCAAAGCUUCCUGUAUCCGAUUUUUGAACAUUCAGAAUGGGUAAAGAGAAGGUUCACAUCAACAUUGUGGUCAUAGGCCAUGUCGACUCUGGGAAGUCGACCACCACUGGACACCUCAUCUACAAGCUUGGAGGUAUCGACAAGCGUGUCAUUGAGAGGUUCGAGAAGGAAGCCGCUGAGAUGAACAAGAGGUCCUUCAAGUACGCUUGGGUGCUCGACAAGCUCAAGGCCGAGCGUGAGCGUGGCAUCACCAUCGACAUUGCCCUGUGGAAAUUCGAGACCACCAAAUACUACUGCACUGUCAUUGAUGCUCCCGGUCACCGUGACUUCAUCAAGAACAUGAUCACUGGCACCUCUCAGGCUGACUGUGCUGUUCUCAUCAUUGAUUCCACAACUGGUGGCUUUGAGGCUGGUAUUUCCAAGGAUGGCCAGACCCGUGAGCACGCCUUGCUUGCCUUCACCCUUGGAGUCAAGCAGAUGAUCUGCUGCUGUAACAAGAUGGAUGCCACCACACCUAAGUACUCCAAGGCCAGGUAUGAUGAAAUCGUUAAGGAGGUCUCGUCUUACCUCAAGAAAGUUGGUUACAACCCUGACAAGAUCCCUUUCGUCCCCAUCUCUGGCUUCGAGGGUGACAACAUGAUCGAAAGGUCCACCAACCUUGACUGGUACAAAGGCCCGACUCUACUCGAGGCCCUUGACCUGAUCAAUGAGCCCAAGAGGCCUUCAGACAAGCCCCUCCGUCUCCCUCUCCAGGACGUCUACAAGAUUGGUGGCAUUGGCACUGUCCCUGUUGGCCGUGUGGAGACAGGUAUUUUGAAGCCUGGAAUGGUAGUUACAUUUGGACCAUCAGGCCUAACCACUGAGGUCAAGUCUGUUGAGAUGCACCAUGAGGCCAUGCAGGAGGCCCUCCCAGGUGAUAACGUUGGGUUCAAUGUGAAGAAUGUUGCUGUGAAGGAUUUGAAGCGUGGUUAUGUGGCUUCCAACUCGAAGGAUGACCCUGCCAAGGAAGCUGCUAACUUUACCUCGCAGGUUAUUAUCAUGAACCACCCUGGGCAGAUUGGUCAGGGCUAUGCCCCCGUGCUCGACUGCCACACUUCCCACAUUGCUGUCAAAUUUGCCGAGCUCGUGACUAAGAUUGAUAGGCGGUCUGGUAAGGAGCUGGAGAAGGAGCCCAAGUUCUUGAAGAAUGGUGAUGCUGGGUUUGUUAAGAUGAUUCCGACCAAGCCCAUGGUUGUGGAGACUUUUGCUGAGUACCCGCCUCUUGGUCGUUUUGCCGUGCGUGACAUGAGGCAGACUGUUGCAGUUGGUGUUAUCAAGAGUGUGGAGAAGAAGGAUGCUUCGGGUGCUAAGGUCACAAAGGCUGCUGCUAAGAAGGGUGCCAAAUGAAGUGUGCUGGUUGAUGUUGGUUCUGUUUAUGCUGCAAUUAAGUAUAAGUACUUUCUGAUUGAGAACUUUGUUUUUACUUGUGUCAUGUUGGACUUGUUAUGUUGGUUAUUUCUGCCUUGCGCUUUGUCUGGGAGCCACUCCCAGAGUUGGGUUCUUGACAGGCGGUGGCAUUUUGGAGUCUUUUGUUAAGUUUUGAACCUUUGAGUUUGGUUUUAUGUUCGUGUGAUCAAAACAUUUUGUUAUGGUUUUAAAUGUCGGAUUCAUGUAGGAACCUCUCUACUUUACUUUGUUGUGUGUUCUUCUGGAGUUUUGCUAUAUGUUAUUGGUUUAGGAUUUUCACAAACUCAUCGUACUGUGUUGGUAAGUCUUGAGAGAGUUGUAUCCUCUGUGUGGCAGAUACCUUAUUCAUCGUACUAUGAGUAAAAUCCCUUGUGUUGAACUUUCAUGUUUCGUGAUACAUGAUAGAAGUUCGAGAUGCAUAAUGUGUUGAACUUUCAUGUUGGGUGAUACAUGAUAGAAAUUGGAGAAGCUGCAAGGUCUUGUGAUAUAGGAUUGAAUUCUGGCUCUUUACCAUUAGGA